UGCAUAGAGGGCUUUAAAGCCAAAAUCCGUAUAAAACCAGGCACCACACCAAUCUUUUGCAAAGCUCGCCCGGUUCCUUACGCAUUAAAGGAAGCAGUAGAAAGGGAGCUGGACAGGUUGGAGAAAAUGAAAGUGAUUUCAAAGACUGAGAAAAGUGAGUGGGCCUCUCCGAUUGUCACUGUACCAAAGGCAGAUAAAACAAUUAGGGUUUGUGGCGACUACAAGGUCAGUAUUAAUCGGUGUAUGGAAGAGCAGACAUACCCACUACCUAACGCCGAAGAUUUGUUUGCUACUUUAGCAGGAGGAACAUUGUUCAGCAAGCUUGACCUCUCUCAUGCCUACCAGCAGUUGAUGUUAGACGAAGAGUCAGAGAAAUAUCUGACCGUUAACACCCAUAAGGGCUUGUACAGAUUUCAUCGCCUCAGCUAUGGGGUUUCCAGCGCACCUGCGAUUUUUCAGUCUGUUAUGGACCAGAUUUUACUAGGACUGGAUCAUGUGACAUGUUUUUUGGAUGAUAUUCUCAUCACUGCGUCAUCUGAGGAAAUGCAUUUAAAAAGACUGGAUGAAGUGCUCACACGUCUGGAAAAACACGGUGUCCGGGUGAAACUGUCUAAAUGUAAGUUUUUUCAGAGCAGUGUGGAGUAUCUGGGACAUCGCAUCGACCAGGAUGGUCUGCACCCCACUAAUGAAAAGGUAGCAGCCAUAAACAAAGCGCCGGAGCCAAAAAAUGUCACUGAGCUGAAGUCUUUCUUAGGUCUUCUUAACUAUUACAGCCGUUUCCUGCCAAACUCCUCCACCAUCCUCCGCCCUCUACACAGCCUGCUGAGAAAAGAGGCAAAGUGGGUUUGGACCUUUGAGUGUGCUAAGGCAUUUGAAGAUGCAAAGCAGCUAUUACAGAAAAAUAAUGUGUUGGUGCAUUACGACACACGUUUGCCACUCCGGAUUGCGUGUGAUGCGUCACCCUAUAGAGUAGGGGCGGUGAUUUCUCAUGUCAUGAAGAAUGGAGAGGAACGGCCUGUGGCUUUUGCAUCAAGGACAUUAACGGAGGCUGAAGGGAAAUAUGCCCAAAUUGAAAAGGAGGCCCUUGCCAUCAUUUUUGGAGUAAAGAAAUUCCACAAAUAUCUAUAUGGGAGGAAAUUCACACUCAUUACAGAUCACAAACCACUGUUAACUAUACUGGGACCAAAGUCAGCGGUUCCAACUUUAGCGGCAUUAAGGAUGCAACGCUGGGCUCUCAUCCUUAUGGCAUACAGUUAUGAUAUUGAGUACAGAAGAUCAGCUGAUCAUGCUAACGCUGAUGCUUUGUCUCGCCUACCCAGUGCCUCAUUAGACAACACAGGAGAAGAGGGAGGUAUUUUCUACUUCUCACACGUGGAGGAACUACCAGUGAGUGCAAAAGACAUUGAGAGUGCUACUUUAAAAGAUCCUACACUGAACAAAGUGUGGAGCUACACAAUGAAUGGAUGGCCAAGUUAUGUUCAGGAGGAAGCACUACGGCCUUAUUUCAUACGUAGGCAGGAGUUGUCAGUGGAACAAGGUUGCGUUCUUUGGGGCCAGCGAGUCAUCUUACUGGACGACCUUCAUCAGGUGCACCCAGGUAUCUGCCGCAUAAAAGCUCUCGCUCGCAGUUCCAUGUGGUGGCCUGGCUGUGAUGGGAAUAUUGAGGAGCUCGUGAAAGGUUGCUCUAUAUGUCAAGCUGUUCAGAAAAUGCCAGCAGUCGCACCACUGCACCACUGGAGAUGGCCGGAAAGAGUAUGGCAGAGAAUUCAUAUUGAUUUUGCUGAAAAGGACAAGCAGUAUUUUUUGGUGGUCAUUGAUAGUCAUUCAAAGUGGUUAGAAGUGUUUCCUGUGUCCUCUACCACCUCUCACAAAACCAUUGAAGUGCUGCGAAGCCUGUUCUCUGCGUAUGGACUGCCAGAGGAGCUGGUAUCUGAUAAUGGUCCACAGCUGGUGUCGAGGGAGUUUACACAGUUCCUGGAGAGAAACGGUAUCAAACACACUGCUGUUCCUGCAUAUCAUCCUGCAUCGAAUGGAGCUGCAGAGAGGUCGGUGCAGAUUUUGAAACGUGCACUUACAAAGGAUGUGUUGGAGGCGGAGAAAAAGGCUCCUUUGCCACUCAGUCAUAGACUGGCAAAUUUCCUGCUCAUGUACCGCAGUACACCCCACACCGUGACGGGACGUACACCGGCUGAGUUAUUUCUGAAACGCCAGAUACGAACCCGCUUCAGUUUGCUUAAGCCCAUGCUUGCCAGACGGAUGGAAGAGAAACAAGCCACUCAGAAACGUCAUCAUGACUGUGGUGGCUCAUCUCUUCGUUUCUUUCAGGAAGGGGAAGCGGUCCGCGUCCGGAAUUUCAGGGGAGGAGUGGACAAAUGGAAUCGGGCAAAAGUACUAAAAAGACUGGGAGCUGUCACAUAUUUGGUACAAGAGGGUCAGAGGCAACGCACAGUGCAUGUCGACCACAUGUUGCCCGGGCGAGGAAAUGUGGGUACACUUCCACAAAGCUUGCCCUCACCAGUGGUGGAAAAUGAGCCGCAGGUAACUAUGGACUGUGCUUGUCCAGCUGUUUUGCCCAGUGCACCGGUGACACUAAUAUCACCUACUGUUCUCUCUAAACCAACCGAACAGGUGGUCGAAGCGCCAUCCCCCACAGCAAACAAAAAGUCACCUGAGAAACGGAGGUACCCAGAGCGGGUCCGCAUACCACCUAAAAAACUGAAUCUAUGA